AUGGCCUACACCCCCAGCACGUCAGAGCAGCCCCGUAACAGGUUCCCCUCAAACCAAAGCCAUGGGGCUGGCCGCUCGGGCAGCCCACGGGCUACGACAGAGCUGACAGAUUACAGAAGUUUACCUAUGAACAAGUGGGAUGAGAACCAUGUCCAGGAUUGGCUAGAAUCUACUGGAAUCAAGAAAGAGUACGUAGAAAAACUGUAUGCAGAAGAAGUGACAGGUCCAGUGCUAAUGGAGCUGGAUGAUGCUUUCCUCAGGCGCAUAGGUAUGAAGGGAGGCCAAAUCCAUGUGUUAAUCCGCAAGAGAAAUGAACUUCUGCAGCUACAGGAAAAGGCACAGCAAGCCAAGCAUCCCCGCAGCAAAACGUCUGACAGAACGGAUGCACCAGCAGAUCCGGUAAAACUGAGAAAUGCCCCCACUCCAGAAACUUCCAGUGGAGACAGCGGUGGUGCAGGAGAUCAAACCAGCAGAGACAACACAGCUCCUCCAGCUGGCAGGAGGCAAAGAAGUAACAGCUCCCAACUCAGAAGUAGCGAUGAGGUUUUAGAGUUCAGCAACUGUCGACCAUUUGGAAGUCAGGAUACGGAUUUCAAAUACGUGAAAGGCAGAGUUCUUGUUCCAGAAUCAGGAAUCAAUGAUUUAAUCACUCCUUGCCACGAAUACAAAUCUUUUGCCACUGCCGCAGAACUGAACAAAAAUCAGCUGCAAUCAAAAUUUGCCUGCGAAGUGAUACGGUUUGCUUCAGCCUGCAUGAACGUCCGAACCAACGGCACCAUACACUUUGGUGUCGGGGACAGCAUCGAGGACAAGGGUUGGAAACACGGACAGAUCAUCGGCGUGAAGGUCAAAGACAGAGAACACUACGUUGAUGCAUUAGAUUACAUAGAAAAAUGUUUUUGCAAACACGUACAAGAAAUUGCAAGGAAAUGUAUUCACCCACCCGUUUUUGUCGAAGUGAUUUCCAGCGACUCUCAGGAGCAAAGAUUUGUGGUGGAGGUUGACAUUGAACCGACAUGCAGUUUAGUAAAGAUGAGAAUCUUUGAGGUGUAUUUGCCAAAAUACAAUGAGAGCAGCCAGAAGGUGACCCUGACCAAAGAUCGGGCUCUCUACCACAGACUAGGGGCAAAGUCAGAACCCAUAAACCCCAACGAUCAUGCUACUUUUAUUCAGGGCUUACAAGACAGGGACGCUCAAAGAGAAAAGGCAGAGCUCUCCAGCACAGAAGUACAUACAGAAAUCUCUCAAAACUUAGGGAGAAAGUUAUCAAUUUUACUAAAUGACGGUAAAAGCUACAUGGACGAUUCCCUGCGGUACAUCCUCGUCACAAAUAGGUGCAAAAAGGACGAUCUGAACUACAUCAACUUUUUAAUGCACUUGAACAUCUUCUGUGUCUUUGACUUCGAUGAAGACUCAAACGUCUCAGGGCUGUACAGCCAGUACAAAGAGCACCACUCAACGAGGUCCUACUUUUUACAAGAUUUUUCCAAUGAAACUAAGACUGGCAAUCCUCCCUCUCAGAAACAUUUGUGCCUCUUUGAUCAGACCAGCUGGAUAUUCUGCAAUGGGCGCAGUGACUUCCUUGGGGAUGAAAAACCUUGUGAUGAAAAUACAUGGAUUAGAACAAAAAAAAAAUACCUUAAGAAAGCAAUUACUCGUAUCUGUGAUGAAAUCCUGCCGCAGCGGUCCUUCAUUGUGCUCUUCCUACUGCUGUCACCGGUGCAGAAACCACUUGUGGACACUUUUCAGGAAUUCUAUACAGAGAUGAACGGUGCCGAGUACAUUGUUUGCAUUGCAGAGUCCAGGGAGAACUACAGGAAGUGGGCGAACCUAGCCCAGGUGGCCUGCCACAUCGAGACACUGGAACAAUGCAGCAUCGUGGGGAUGAAACUAAGUCACAUAAAUGCCACCAUUGAAGCAAUGCUGCCUUCCACAGCCCAACCCAGGCACCUGCCAGUUUCCACCAGAGGGCUAUGUACACUUCCCUCGCUGGAGGAGGAGAAACUCUUUUCCCUAGAAAUCCUUUGCGUUGACCAAUGCGAUGAUAUCAAAUUAGAUUUUUUGACUGAAAAAGAAAUACAAGAAAUAGAACAAAAUUUUUACCGAGGGAGAAAAAUCAUCUGGGAAAACUUGUGGCUUGCUGAUAAAAGACGCUGCGGGGAAAUCAUCGAGCGCGAAGUAUGUAAGGAUGCUAGCAAACUCCUAGAUGACAUUUUACAAGGAAGCAGGCUCAACUGUUCAGUAGUUAAACUAAAGAUAUUUCACCAUCCUGGCAGUGGUGGAAGCACAAUAGCUCGGCAAGUUUUAUGGAAAAGAAGAAAGGACUUAAGGUGUGCUGUCAUCAAAGCCUCGUGUCCCCCUGCAACUGUCUGCAAGCAUGCACUUGCCUUUAGAGACUAUGAAGAAAAAGAAAUCAGUCACUGUCUUCCUGUGCUCCUCCUGAUCGAAGACUACGACGAAGACUAUUUAGAAGAACUAAGGAAUGAGUUAAUGGAUGCUGUAGCAACUCGGAAAAUUAAUUCUCCCAGACCGUACUUCAUCCUCCUGUGCUGCAGACGAUCCAAUGACCCUGAAAGGCUUUGCAAGGCUUCUCCACUGGACACCGUUGCUGUCACUCACAAACUGACGGACUCAGAGAGAAGUCUGUUCAAAAUUAAACUCGAAAAACUGAAGCAGAAGGACGUCAAGCCAGAAUUCAUACUUACGUUUGUCCUCAUGUGUGAGGAGUUCAAUGAAACGUAUGUGAGAGACUUUGUAGGACACAUACUGCAAGGGAUAGACCUGAUGCGUUACGUGGCUUUGCUUAAUUUUUAUGUACCCAAUUCCUAUGUUUCACUGUCACACUGUGAGGCUUUUCUGGGACUGGGGGUAUAUAAAGAAACAAAGUCAAGAGCAUAUGACUUCAAGAGGAACUUGAGCGAACAAGCAAGAAUGAUUUUUAUUGAGCUAAGGGAAAACACCACCUAUAUUUCAUCUGUCCGGAUAAUACACUGUCUGGUUGCAAAAGAAAUUCUGCACCAGCUUUCAGGAAAUGAGCCUCAAAGCCAACUUGCAAUGACACUUCUUGAGGAAAAGACGCUCUUUGAUAACAGAUUUGGACGAGAGGAAUUCAUAAAGUUCAUCAGAGAUCUGUUUAUUCGACGGGAUAAAAGAAGCAGAGGUGACAAUACUGACACCCUUUUCUCCCCAUUCAUCGAACACGUCUGCAAAGCUGAAGACUGUGAAAAAGCUAUAGAUGUUUUAAAAGCUGCAUAUGAGCUCCUUGGAAAAGAUCCUUUUUUUGCACAGCAGCUUGCCAGACUGCAUUACAAUAAUGAAAAAUUUAAAGAUGCGGAAUAUUGGGCAGGGGUUGCAAAACUUCAUUUGCCAAAUGACUCUUUUAUUUUAGAUACAGAAGGCCAAGUCUACCGGAAGUGGUUUAGUUUCACUGUGGAUAAAAUGACACAGGAGGACACUCCUGAGAGCAUCAUUCAAAAGAUAGAGAUUGCUCUUAAAGCUAUGAAAUGCUUCAAGGCUGCACAACAGGCUGCAAAAGCAGAGCGUGACAGCAUGAACAACGCUGGCUAUUUUGGAGAAGUAGAAGUAGGAUGUCGUCUUCUUAGAUUUUUGUCCACACUCCAUGUAUUUCACAGAAGCCCAGAGGGGGAAUAUUCUGAGCUUGUGAAAUACCUGAUCACAGACUACAUUCCUAAAGACAUUGAAAAAUCAUGGGGAAAGCUUCACUCCCGUUUAAAAGGCUUACGCCAGAACCUGUACAAUGCUCUGGAAUGGAUUUCAGAGGACCUAAGUUAUUUCCAAACAGAUAAAAACCACGAGAAGGAAGAGGAAGAUGAAAAAGUUGAAAAGGAAGAACAAAUUUAUAAUCCCAGAAAAUGGCUAAAAAGGCAGUCUGAGGUAUAUGCCAAAUUCUUCAUCUCUGCGUCACUCACUGAGGAAAGCAACAAGAGCCCUGAGAGCCAGCUGAUUCGACGCAUGAGUAUUUAUAAGAGUGGUGGGGGCAGCGUCACUAAUAUCCUGUCGUUCCUAACCGACAAGAAAGAGAACAGGUCAGCUGAAAAGCUAGAAAAGAUCCUCAGUUUCUACACAGAAAACCCACUAAGAGACAGGCUGGAGGACAACGACCUCAUCAAUUAUAUUUUGUGCCACAUCACACUGGCGUGCUUAGCGCCAGGAUCAGCCAAACUUCUUCCAGUGCAAACUCUUCGCGAGCUCAGCCUAAGAUUCUUUAAAGGAAAACGACCAUUUCCAGCAAGUGCCCAUUUUUUGCUCACCUUGCUGUACUGGCCAGACGAGGCAUUAGACCGAGAGCCUAAUCCAGAUAAGGAUGAAAUUCUGAACUCAGCCCUUCAGACCCUGAAACGUCUGUAUGACAUCAAGAUGAAAGAUGUUCCUACCAGAAAGAAAAGAAUCUACACUCACUUUUUUCUGGGAAAGGGUUAUGGUUUAGGCAAGAUUGUGCACAAAACUAAAAUUGAUAAACUAAUUACUGGGUCCUUAGAUGAGAGGAGAAUGAAGUGGCUACAUGGAACAGUAUGGAACACUGCCAAUAUCUGUGACAUUCUCAGGAGAGUUUCUGGUUGGACCAAGGACAGAAACUUAUUUAUACGUGGUCACGUGAAGGAGUUUCCUAUCUUGCCACUCCAUCAUGAUUCAGUGCCCCCUGGAAAUGAGAACGUGACCUUUUAUUUAGGCUUUUCAUUUAAUGGACUUGUUGCUUUCAAUAUUGAGGUUGAAAAUAAUCCGACUGUCAGCAGAAUGUAAAGUGUUUCGUACAUUAACAGCACCUACCAUGCUGUUUGA